AUGAACGAAGUCUCUCAACCACCUGCACCACCAACACCACCUCCACUGGCAAAGGCACCACCACCUCCUCCACCGGUAUUUGGAGGUCCAGCUCCUCCACUGCCUCCUAGAGACGGUCGUCCACCGCCUAAUGCACCUGGAAAACCUCCCCCGAUGGGACCCCAUCAUCGACGUAAUUCAACAAAUGACUCCAUAGAUUCAGAUGAUUCCAUGGCUCCCAAAGCCAAGUUAAAGCCAUUCUUCUGGGACAAGGUAAUGGCAAGCCCAGAUCAUUCGAUGGUCUGGCAUGAGAUCAAAGCCGGCUCUUUUCAAUUUGAUGAGGAGAUGAUGGAAGCUUUGUUUGGAUAUGCAGCAGCUGAUCAGAAGAAGCAAAAAGGAAAAGAAUCAGCUUUAGCUGAAUCUUCUAAUCAGUUUAUUCAGAUUAUUGAUCCUAAAAAAGCACAGAACUUGGCAAUUCUUUUAAAAGCAUUGAAUGUGACAUCAAAAGAAGUUUGUGAUGCACUCAAAGGUAAUGAGCUUCCAUCAGAAUUCAUCCAAAAUCUGUUGAAAAUGGCACCAACCGACGACGAAGAACUCAAGCUUAGGUUAUAUACCGGAGAUCUAUCUCUAAUUGGCCCGGCUGAGAGAUUCCUCAAUGCCUUGAUUGAAAUCCCGUUUGCCUUUAAACGUUUGGAAUCAUUGUUGUUCAUAAGCACGUUUCAUGAGGAUUUCACUUCAGUCCAACAAUCUUUAACAACUUUAGAGGCAGCAUGUGACGAGCUCAGAAACAGCCGACUCUUCCUUAAACUCUUGGAAGCUGUUCUGAAAACUGGCAACCGUAUGAAUGAUGGAACCUACCGCGGUGGUGCUCAGGCAUUCAAGCUCGACACGCUCUUGAAACUAUCUGAUGUUAAAGGAACAGAUGGGAAGACCACGCUGCUGCAUUUUGUCGUCCACGAAAUAAUCCGUGGAGAAGGAGUAAGAGCUGCUCGUAGAAUGAGGGAGAGCAAGAGCUUGUCCAGUGUGAGGACGAAUGAUCUUAACGAUGAUGCUUCCCAAAACACAGAAGAUUACUACCGAAGCCUCGGCCUUCAAGAGGUGUCUGGCCUCUGCAAUUGUCUUUUGAAUGUGAAAAAGGCAGCGGUGAUUGAUCGUGACAUCAUAAGUGAGUACGUGACCAAACUUGGUCAGUCCCGUUUCAAGACAAAAGAAUUUCUUGAGAACGAGAUGGGUAGCUUGGAUGAAGAUAUCAAGUUUCUCGACAUUCUUACGAGAAUCAUUAACCAGUUUGAGAGCGACGCUGCAUGGCUUGCGGAGGAGAGGGAGAGAGUGAUGAACUUAGUGAAGAGCACCGGGGACUACUUCCAGGGUCGGUCGGGCAAGGACGAGGAGGGGCAUCUCUUUUUGAUCGUCCGGGACUUCUCAGUGAUGGUGGACAAGGCAUGCCAAGACGUGAAGAGCUCCAUAAAAUUGCCCAAGACGCACAGAAAAGAUGCCUUCACACCAUCAUUAUCGCCUUCGCCGUCUCAAGGGUCGCCCCCGGCCUCUGAGACGACGCAUGAGAAGCGGUCACGUCUCUUUCCGGAAAUGAGGGAUCGCCAAAUUGACAGUGAAUUCAGCUCGGACGAUGAAAUCUAAUCUUUUCCCCGAGGUAUGCAAAAAUGGAGAGGUGAAAUGCUUCUUUAAAACGUUGGAAGUUCUUAAAUACUCCCUCCGCUCCCAAAAUAAAAAUAGACAUUAUUUUUACAGAACAAAGUAUAUGUGCACCACACUAGCCUAUUGAAUUUGUGACAUGUAAUAGUUGGUCCCUAUUAUUUUUAGGAAAAUGGAAAAAAUUGUUGGUUAGGUCCAACUUUCAUGAGUGCAAA